CGCCGUCCACGAGGCUUUCGCCCUGAGCGUGAAGGAAUGGGAGAGCGUUGUCAGGGCGGGAAUAGAGGGAAGCUGGUGCGGCGCUGCGCGCAAGGAACAGCUUUUGCGACGCCUCAACCGCGUCAUAGCCAACUGGGAAGGCAAGAUAUAAACAAUGAUCUGGUUCUUCGCAUUGACACAAGCAUGACAGUGAGACGCCCCGGCAAGACACACGCCCAAUGAGACAUCGGCCCCGUCGUCGCAUGCCUCGGCAACUCCCUCGUGCAAGCAUGGUCAUCUGUAUGCGCCGCAACACCACAAUCCCGAUCUCGAGACUUCCAACCUCCUCUUACUCGAGGACUCCACAAUUGACACAUCCUAGAUCAAGCCCACUGUCCCGUCCCCCGCCAUGGCCGCAGCAGACGUCCACCGCCCCAACUUCGCUUCCCUCUUCUCCCUGCCCAACAAAGUCGCCGUCGUGGGACAUCGCGGGGGCUGUCGUGUAUCUAUGUAGCAGAGUGGGAAGUCGUGUUGUCAGGGGUGUGACGGUGUCGGACGGGGAAGCUCGUUGGCCGGGCCGAUAAGCAGGAGGGAGAGAUUGCAGCGUGGGAUUGUAGCGCGGGAGCAGCGGGUCAAGUCGUGCUCUGAUGAACCAGAUAGGCUUUAAACAUCCAGGUCCAAAGAUUGUUGGGCUUCGGGAAAACAG